AUGCGAAAUAGCAUCGGGAUCGCGUCAGGCCGACGAUGCACCGUUGCGACCGGCCCUUCCUGUCUGAAUCUAAGAAUCGCCAUCCCCAUCGAACGAGUGGAGAUUCCAAAAGGGGAAUCCUUCGGGGAAAGCGGCGGACCCCCGCAUCACCCUCCCCCGCCCGCCUCUCAAGAAGGCCCCGUCCUCCUCCGGGACCCCCGCCGUGCUCCGCGUCGAGUGGGUCGCCAAGCGACGCGGGUCCCGACCGCUGGGACGUGCCCGGCGAUCAAUGAAAAACGCUGCCCGAGGUUUGCCCCGAGGGCGUGCACCAACGACACGGACUGCACGCUGGGUCAGGUCUGCUGCCAGGGGUGUGACGCGAAGAAGGUCUGCGUGAGAGCCGAUAACAAUGAAUGCCCGAAAACAGAGGAUAUGCAGUGCUCAACCGUGUGUUCCAGCGAUUCGGACUGCCAGAACGGAACUCUCUGCUGCGACGAAUGCAACCGCAAGAUCUGCAUGCCACCCACCGCUGGGACGUGCCCGGCGAUCAAUGAAAAACGCUGCCCGAGGUUUGCCCCGAGGGCGUGCACCAACGACACGGACUGUACGCUGGGUCAGGUCUGCUGCCAGGGGUGCGAUGCGAAGAAGGUCUGCGUGAGAGCCGUGACGACCUGCAACGAUACGACCUGCGCCAGCGGCCAGACUUGCGCGAUGGUCCGCCCCACCUGCAACCGUCAAAGCACCACCUGCUACCUCAAGCCAACCUGUCUCGCUGCAGGUAAGCGGUGUGAGUACGUGCGAUGGCGUACAAUGCCGGAGGGAUCGCGUGUGCGUGCUGCAAGAGGUGAGGAACUGCAAUGCCCCGCCGUGUAA